GUCGCGUUUCCGCUUUGUCGAGUAGCAAAGAACAGACCAUCUGUAUAGUGCUAUCGCGGUGUGGUGGGAUAUCGCGGCGUUGGACGUAGCCUGCUCGAGCACGCUUUGAUUUAAUAGCAUUCGUCGUGGCGCUUCUGCCGCUAUGAUCCGGUUCAUUCUGCUUCAGAAUCGUCAGGGGAAGACGCGCCUGGCGAAGUACUAUGUGCCGCUGGAGGACUCGGAGAAGCACAAGCUGGAGUUCGAGGUGCACCGGCUGGUGGUUCAUCGCGAACCCAAAUUUACCAACUUCGUUGAGUUCCGCACAUACAAGGUGAUCUACCGGCGCUAUGCAGGCCUCUUCUUCUCCCUCUGCGUCGACCUCACAGACAACGAGCUGGCGUACCUUGAGAGCAUCCAUCUGUUCGUGGAGAUCCUAGAUCACUUCUUCAGCAACGUCUGCGAGCUUGACCUGGUGUUCAAUUUCCACAAGGUUUACCUUAUCCUUGAUGAGUUUGUGCUUGCGGGGGAGCUUCAAGAAACAAGCAAGAAGGUCAUUAUUGAAAGAAUGGCAGAACUGGAUAAAGCCGAGUGAAAUCAUGAGAGCUCUGUCACUGUGGAUGGCCUAAACAGUCAGGAGUACAUAUACCUGUAUCUAUCCAACUGGCUUACUUCAUGCUGAACACCACGGCACUGCAUCUUGAAGUCGCCAGAUCUAUAGCUUGCUCGAGCAUGGGAUGCUCCAGGUUGAGGCUGUCUGCAAAGCAGACUGACGAUGUUGUAGAACAUGUAUGAGCCUUUUAUCAUAAUUGAAGAAGAGAAUGAUUGAUAGAGUGAGA